AUCUAGUGGCCUCAUCCCUACGCUACAUCACCACAAACCGCAUACACCCCGUCGUUGGAUCACAAGACCAUACAGAUUAUCAUACUCGUGAGAGUAGGAAAUCACAAACAUCAACUUCACACAGUUUAAUCACUUAAUUGCAAGUGACUGAGUAAGUCCAUGAACCCUGUGAAGUGUGAACCUCCUCCCUCCUUUUUCUAUCUGCUUUAAAUACCUUCCCUCGUUCCCCCAAUAUCCUCCCGUCGACACCGGAUCGAAAUCCGAUCCCUAAACAAAUAGAGAAAAUCUAGACGCAGAAGAGAGAGAUGGCUUCUACGACGGCGAGGUUAGAUCUGGAUGGAAAUACGAUAAAUCCGAUGACGAUAUGUAUGAUUGGUGCUGGAGGAUUCAUAGGUUCGCACUUGUGCGAGAAGUUGAUGCAAGAGACGCCACACACGGUGUUAGCUGUCGAUGUUUACAAUGACAAGAUCAAGCACCUACUCGAACCCGACUCUCUUCCUUGGGCCGGGCGCAUUCAGUUCCACCGACUUAAUAUCAAGAAUGAUUCUCGCCUCGAAGGGCUCAUCAAGUGUUCCGAUCUGACGAUAAAUCUGGCCGCGAUUUGCACUCCAGCGGAUUACAACACGCGUCCUCUUGACACGAUUUACAGCAAUUUCAUCGAUGCGCUCCCUGUGCUCAAGUACUGCUCAGAGAACAACAAGAGGCUCAUUCACUUCUCUACCUGUGAAGUGUAUGGGAAAACAAUUGGUAGCUAUCUUCCCAAAGAUAGCCCCUUACGACAGGAUCCUGCUUACUAUAUUCUUAAGGAAGAUGUUUCCCCAUGCAUAUUUGGCUCAGUUGAGAAACAGAGAUGGUCGUAUGCAUGUGCAAAACAGUUGAUCGAGAGGCUAAUUUAUGCUGAGGGUGCUGAAAAUGGUUUAGAAUUCACAAUAGUCAGACCUUUCAACUGGAUUGGCCCUAGGAUGGAUUUCAUCCCCGGGAUUGAUGGUCCCAGUGAAGGUGUUCCUAGGGUUCUUGCAUGCUUUAGCAAUAACCUUCUUAGACGUGAGCCUUUGAAGCUUGUUGAUGGUGGUGAAUCACAAAGAACCUUUGUUUACAUCAAGGAUGCUAUUGAAGCUGUUCUUUUGAUGAUUGAAAAUCCAGCCAGGGCUAGUGGUCAUAUUUUCAAUGUGGGAAACCCUAACAAUGAAGUUACAGUUAGGCAACUCGCUGAAAUGAUGACUAAGGUGUAUUCGAAAGUAAGUGGAGAAGAUUCAAUAGAGACUCCCACCAUUGAUGUGAGCUCAAAGGAAUUUUAUGGGGAAGGUUAUGAUGACAGUGACAAGCGUAUUCCAGACAUGACCAUUAUAAACAAACAAUUAGGUUGGAACCCAAAGACAUCACUGUGGGAUUUGCUGGAAUCAACACUAACAUAUCAACACAAGACAUAUGCAGAAGCAAUCAAGCAAGCAAUUGCAAAACCAUUAGCAAAUUAAAAGCGCUAUAAUAUCUAUCUAUCUAUAUUUAUAUGGUUGGUUAUCAUCAUCAUUCAUAUACACAAUUAAUGUUUGUCUUUUUUUUUU